GAGAGAGGGGGGAGAGAGGAGAGAGAGAGAGAUGAUGGAGAUGGGGACUGGUGGGACCUCGAUUGCUCUUGGUGGAGCAGGCUCUCGUCACUGGAAGUGGAAGCUGCAAUGUCAAGCAAAGCAAACCCCCCUCUCUCUCUCUCUCACCAAGAAUCACUAUCCCUCACCCACCCCCCCAUCCCCCACAAAAAGCAGAGGAAGGAAGAAAAAGUGGGAAGGAAAGGGGAAAAAAUAUCCUCUCACACACUCCUGCUUCUUCUUCAUCAUUAUCAUUCCCUUUGAUUUUCGUUCCUAUUCUUCCCUCUCCAUCUAUCCCACUUUCACCCCAACAAACCCACUUCUCAACUUGCACAAAGCUCCAAAAUUUCCACUUUUCACAAAAAAAAGGUUUGAUUUUUGAGAAACCCUGAAGUGAAUAAAUUUAGAGAUUGAAUUUGUUGUUAUGGAUUCCUUCAAUCAAACAACCGGGUUUCGAUACAACCCGAAUUCGAAUGCAGAAGACGAUGCUGAGUUUUCUGGGAUUCUUGAAAUUUAUGUUCACCAUGCUAGGAACAUUCACAACAUUUGUAUCUAUGACAACCAAGAUGUUUAUGCCAAAUUCUCUCUCACCUAUAACCCUGAUGAGACCCUCUCAACUAGCAUCAUCAAUGGUGGUGGUAAAAACCCAGAAUUCAAUGAGAAAUUGAUCUUGAAAGUUGCCCAAUUCGACGCUGUCCUCAAAUGUGAGAUUUGGAUGCUUAGCAGGGCUAAGAAUUACAUGGAAGAUCAGCUUUUGGGCUUUGUUUUGGUCCCAAUUUCCUCAGUUGGGAAAGGAAAGCUUACUCAAGAUUAUAGUCUAUCUUCCACUGAUUUGUUUCACUCCCCCGCUGGAACCAUUAAAUUGAGUCUCUCUUUGAACACAGAUGUACCCCUCAAUCCCUCUGUCGGUUCUUUCUCUGAUUCAGCUGCCGUUUCUUCGAUAACUUCAGAAGUUGUGUUGUUGGAUCGGAAGAUGUCCGAAGCUGUUUUAGACCCAGUCGAGUAUUCAAGGAUCGAGUUUCCUGAUAUGGAUGUAGUUAGAGAGAAUCAGCAGAUGGUUUCUGAGUAUUUUGACUUGGCAGGGCGUGGCUCGGGUUUGAGGCCUGGGUUGGUUGUGCCUGGGUCGUUCCUUCAUCUUGGUGCUUCUCAUCAGCCAGUUGACUACUACGAAAUGACUACAAACUCGUCUGAGGACAACCGGGGUGGAUCCGUUUCUCCCAAUGGGAGCAUUCAGAAUUCCGGGUUCCUGAGUUCCACAAUGACAAGUUUGAGUGAUGAUAGAAACUCAGUUGAUUCAAUGGAGAAAAAGAAUCAUAUGGUUGGUGAAUUAUCAAAUUCUCCAAACGCAUCAAUUACUAUAGAAACUAAUCAAAGCCCCAGUGGUUGUCCAGACACUCCAACUUCAAAGAAGGAAAGUGUAGUCAGAGAGGAGAAAGGGCCAAAUUUUUCAGGGAAGGAAGAGGAGAGCAGCAAGGAAGGGAGUAUGGGUUCUGUCAAAUUCGGUCAAGUGUUUUCGGCGCCACUUGGAAGUAUUAAUCUUGAGGUGGAACAGUCAGCAAUGCAGCAACAGAUAGUUGACAUGUACAUGAGGAGCAUGCAACAGUUUACCGAGUCUCUGGCGAAGAUGAAGCUUCCAAUGGACCUGGAUAAACCGGAACCUGAAGACCGUGGUGUGGUGAUUCAAAACCAUAACAACAAAGUAGAAAUCGAGAAGAAGAGGAAGGAUAAUUCGAGGGUGUUCUAUGGUAGCCGGGCUUUCUUCUGACCAGUACUUGGUGCUGCAAAAUUCAGGUGAAAGUUGUUAGCCGAGUCACUGAGUUUAAUUUAUUGAAGUUUGGGCUUAUCUCACCUUCACAAAUGGUAUCUUUGAUGUAGAUUUUAAUUAUUUUAGCCUUGCUCAAUCCUUUUCAUUUGAUGACUUUAAAUAGUGACUCAUCUGUUCUAUUAACUUGAAUUAAGUAAUUGUUCCUCUGUUAA